CCAAAAAAAUAUCAAAGUUCCUUUCCCAAAUGCUAAGUGCAAUUAAAAUAUAGAAAUGAAGUUGGAUUUAAAAUGAGUAAAGUAGGGACAAGGCGUGGAGUUAAUAGAGGAGGGAUGAAGUGGAAAUUGGAAUGCAUGUACACACACAAAUUACACACUGUCUCGAAUUCACUUUGGCCCCUGCCCAGCUGUAUAUCUUCAACCCCUCUUUCUUACGAGCGCAAAUGGUAACUCCUCCGUUCAACUGUAUGACCACCACUACUCAAUAGCUUUCUCUUUCUCUCUCUCUCUCUUUGGAUCCAAAGCCGAAUGCUAUACAAAUUGGACAGACGGAUAUAAAAAGAGGGAAAUAACAACACAUAAACACAGAUUUUGUACUUUUGCAUGAUGUAUAGUCCAUCCAGAAGCCCGGGGAUCUCGAGGUUGCAAUUGGGGGCCCCCUCGGCGUCCCGGUUGAGAUCUUCCUCUAUGAAGAAGCCGCCGGAGCCGCUCCGCCGAGCUGUUGCUGAUUGUUUGUCCGCCGCAGCGCCGUCGCACCUCGAAGCUUCGAGGACGUUGCGGGAUUACCUCGCAGCACAUGCUACAAUUGACUUAGCGUAUGGGAUGAUUCUAGAACACACACUUGCAGAGAGGGAACGGAGUCCUGCUGUGGUUGCUAGGUGUGUGGCACUUCUGAAGCGGUAUCUUUUAAGAUAUAAGCCCAGUGAGGAGACAUUACUACAGAUUGAUCGGUUCUGCAUAAGUAUAAUUGUUGAGUGUGAUGUGAGCCUUUAUCGGAGAUUGGCACCAUGGUCACGUUCCUUAAGUCAACAACCUGGGAAUCCAGUACCAUCCAAAAAUGUAAAUCCUUUGCCUGUAUCAAGUUUUGCAUCUGGGGCACUUGUGAAAUCCUUAAAUUAUGUUCGCUCUUUAGUGGCUCAAUAUAUCCCAAAGCGCUCAUUCCAACCAGCUGCCUUUGCUGGAGCUGCACCUGCGUCAAGACAGGUGCUGCCAUCAUUGUCAUCUUUAUUAAGCAAAUCAUUCAAUUCCCAACUAAGUCCUGCAAAUGGCAAAGAAUCUUUGGAGAGCAAGGACACAUCUACUGCAUCAGUUUCUGACUCUCCGAUUGCUGAAGAAGUUGAUGAACUCGGAAACCUAGAGUUUAUAGCACUUGAUGUUUUCAGAUGGCGCUGGUCUGGGGACCAGCAGUCAUCACUUCUCUUACCCAAAAGUGACCACAUUCUGAAUAUCCAAGACAUGCGUGCUCAUAAUUUCCUAGAAGUAGGUGCAGCAGCUCUUCUUGUUGGGGACAUGGAUGCCAAAAUGAAGGGUGAAACUUGGAAAGUUUUUGGAAGUGCAGACAUGCCUUAUCUGGAUCAGCUGUUGCAGCCAUCAUUACUGACGACAGUUACCAAUUCAGCUUCAGCUUUUGCCCAUUUGAGAGCAAUAACAGCACUAAAACGCUCAAAACCAGGGGCUAAUCAGAUCUGGGAGGAUUCCCCGGUGAACACCUUUCGCCCACGCGCAAGACCGCUUUUUCAAUACCGUCAUUACAGUGAACAGCAACCACUGCGAUUAAACCCUGUGGAGGUAUGCGAGGUUAUUGCGGCAGUUUGCUCCGAAACAUCUUCUGCCAAUUCCAAUCACUUGACUGUCUCGUCUAAAUUAAGACACAGUGGAAGACCAUCAAUGGAUGUGGCUGUGAGCGUUCUUGUCAAACUUGUAAUUGACAUGUAUGUUUUGGAUGCAAAGAUUGCUGCUCCUCUCGCUCUGUCCUUGCUAGAGGACAUGCUAAAUUCUCCUAGCGUGAUGUCAAAGGCUCGAGCUUUUGAUUUAAUUAUUAACCUUGGAGUGCAUGCACAUCUUUUGGAGCCUCCAGCACCUGAUGACUCCACUACAAUUGAGGAACAGUACUCCCAGGAAUCAUAUAUUGACAAUGGAACUCAAGUUUCUUCACAUGGAAAGAUAAAGUCUGAAAUCAAGAAAACAGAUAAUUCCGCAGCUAUUGACAAGUUUGAGAGCUGGAUUUUGGCCAUGCUUUUUGAGGUUCUUCUUCAUCUUGUUCAGAUAGAAGAGAAAGAGGAAGCUGUCUGGGCUUCUGCCUUAAGCUGUUUACUAUAUUUCAUCUGCGAUAGAGGCAAAAUUCGACGUAGCAGAUUAGAAGGUCUUGAUAUAAGUGUUAUUAAGGCACUCAUGCAAAUUAGUAGAAGAAACUCUUGGGCAGAAAUAGUUCAUUGCAAGCUUAUCUGCAUGAUGACAAACAUGUUUUAUCAAGUGCCGGAAGGACCUGACAAAGUUGUUUCAGCUGCCCCUUUCUUUCUUAUUAAACAAGUUGAUCUGAUCGGAGGAAUUGACUUUAUAUUUGGAGAGUUGGUGCUUUCGAAUUCAAGGGAAGAAAGGAGAAAUCUAUAUCUGGUGAUUUUCGACUAUGUAUUGCAUAAAAUAAAUGAGACAUGUCUAGCUGCUGGAGUUUCUGAGUACAGUGAUGAUGAGGUUCGACCUAUUGCUACCUUGCUUGUGCUUGCAGAUGCACCUGAAGCACUUCAUAUUUCUGUUAAGUUGGGCGUUGAAGGUGUCGUGGAACUAUUGAGGAGAUCAAUUUCUACAUCAUUGUCCACAUAUCCUAAUAAUGAUCGGCUUUUAAUGCUAUUGGAGAAGAUAGUAGAGAAGUUUGACACACUCAUAGGAUCAUUUACUCAUGUGGACAAAGAGUUUGCUGAAAUGAUUCAGAUGACGAAAUCAUUUAAAUCUAUUGAAAGCAUUGAAGUUCCUGGAAAUAUUGCUGCCAUGAACGCAAAGCUAUGCUGGACCACUUUACAUUCUCUUCUUCAUUCUGAACGACAUGCUUAUCGCCACAAUGGGCAUUUAUGGUUGGGAGAUCUGCUGAUUGCAGAAAUCAGUGGGGAAGGAGAUCAGAGUCUCUGCUCGAGCAUUAAGAACUUGGAGGAGAAAAUUUCGCUUGCUGGUGUUAAUGAUUAUUUAGCUUCUCUGGAUAUUCCUUUACCAAUUUGGCUAAUGUGUGGGCUUCUCAAGUCGAAAAACAACCGUAUCAGAUGGGGCUUUUUGUUUGUUCUGGAGAGGCUGCUGAUGCGGUGCAAAUUUUUGCUAGAUGAGAAUGAAGUCCAGCAUGUAAUGCGUGGUCAAUCUGCAGCACAAAUACAUGACAAGAGUCGUCUCGAGAAAGCAAAUGCAGUGAUAGAUAUCAUGAGCCGUGCCUUAUCCUUGAUGGCUCAAAUAAAUGAAACUGAUCGGAUGAAUAUUUUGAAGAUGUGUGAUAUUCUAUUGUCUCAACUGUGCUUGAAAGUUGCGCAUACGGGUGUGACACCAUUUGGAGAUACGAUGCACAUAAAAGAUUCUAGUAAUUCAGAAAGGAAGAGUAAGGCAGAUGGAGCAGAAAGUUUCUCCCGAACAGAGACUGUUCCCCAGGGUGAUUUUACUGGAGAUGCCAACACCAAACUUGGGCAAAAUGUACAUAUUCCGAUUCGUGAUACAGCAUCCAUGGCAGCGUUGCUUCUUCAUGGACAAGCCAUUGUUCCCAUGCAAUUGGUUGCUCGUGUUCCUGCUGCAUUAUUUUAUUGGCCUUUGAUCCAGCUUGCUGGGGCUGCAACGGAUAAUAUUGCGUUGGGCGUUUCUGUAGGUAGCAAAGGAAGAGGAAAUCUUCCAGGUGGCACAUCAGAUAUAAGAGCUACACUUCUUCUACUUUUGAUUGGUAAAUGUACAGCAGAUCCUUCUGCUUUCAUCGAGGUUGGAGGGGAAGAAUUCUUCAGGGAAUUGUUGGAUGACACAGAUGCAAGAGUGGCAUAUUACUCUUCAACCUUUCUUUUGAAGAGAAUGAUGACAGACGACCCGGAAAGUUAUCAACGCAUGCUUCAUAAUCUAGUUUCAAGAGCUCAGCAGAGCAACAACGAGAAGCUAUUGGAAAAUCCGUACCUCCAGAUGCGUGGGUUGCUUCAGCUCUCGAAUGAAUAAUACACUUGUCACACAAACAGCUACCAUCUUCUUGAUGGCCGAUUGGAGAAUUCCGUUCAUUACUCCUGAUGUUCAACGUCUUGCUAUGGUGGCAAAUGGUUAAGCUGUGGAAUAGCUGAUGCUCUGUUAUAUCGUUGGUCGAAAUCUGAAGUGCAUCUUUAGUUCUUUUAAGCAAAAUUGGAAUAUCGAGAUGAUAUUCUUGAAAAUACCAUUGGAGCGAUAUUUUGUCUUCUAUCUGUGCUAAGCUUUCUUAUAUUGUGGUGGAGGCCGCAUUGAGUGACAUUCAAUCUACAAGGAAAUGCUGAGAAAGUCCACAUGGAAAUGAAGUCAAGCUUUGCCUUUUGCCGAAUACUAUGAAAUUGCAGCAUAUGUGAACAGCCAAAGUUGCUUCUGUAUGUUGAAAUGCGUUAAAGAUCGGCUUUUAAGCCAUCUUCAGUUGCAGUUUUUGGGAAUUACAUGUGAGGAACACCAAUAAGUCUUUGAACUGGAGAGAAUUUAUGGUUUGACAUCCUAAUUCAUCCGAAGUGCAAAAUCUUCAGAGAAAGUUUGAUCUCACUCUUAGUGGUGCAUGUCAACAGGAUUUGCAGUCUGGCCACAAGAGUAGAUUAUGCAUAACAUGGUCACCCAGCUUGAAUCUCAGAUAGGAGCACCGUGUGUACAUAUAUUUUACUGACGGUCUUGGUGAUGUGUUUACUGGUGCUCAAGUAGAGUUUCUUUUUCAAAUCUGUAUAGAUUUUGUUUCUCCUUUCAUUACGUAAACACGCAUUGGUCUGUUUCUUCUGUGAUAGGUUUUAGCUUCAUUUGUCGCGGUUUUAGUCAUGCCUUGUUAUGUACAAGUUGGAAUAGGUGAAGAAGUAGAAAUGAGUGAGAAGGAAAAGAAGAAAUUGGGUUUUCCCGUUGGUGCUCAUUAAUUAUAAUCUAGUUGUGUUUAUAUCA